UCGCUCAUUUCCCACAGGCCACAGGGAAAACAACAAACCAAAACGUGAAAGCAAAACGACAGCGAAUCAAUGGGCGUGUCCACCGAAGAACCGAACCCGGUCGCCAUCCGCGAGGUUUGGGGCUCCAAUCUAGAAUCGGAGUUCCAACUCAUCGGGGAACUCAUCGAUCGCUUCCCUUUCAUCUCCAUGGACACGGAAUUCCCCGGCGUGAUUUUCCGCCCGCACGUGGACCCCACCAAACCCUACAGCCACCGCAGCAAGCGCCCCUCCGACCACUACCGCCUCCUCAAGUCCAACGUGGACGCGCUCAACCUCAUCCAGGUCGGCCUCACGCUCUCCGACGCCGCCGGAAACCUCCCCGACGUCGCCGGGACCCGCUGCAUCUGGGAGUUCAACUUCCGCGACUUCGACGCCGCGCGUGACCGCUACGCGCCGGACUCCGUGGCGCUGCUCCGGCGGCAGGGGAUCGACUUCGAGCGCAACGCCGCCGAGGGCGUGGACUCGUCGCGGUUCGCGGAGCUUGUGAUGUCGUCGGGGCUGGUGUGCAACGACGGCGUGAGCUGGGUGACGUUCCACAGCGCCUACGAUUUCGGGUACUUGGUUAAGAUCUUGACCCGGCGCGAUUUGCCGACCCGGUUGGAGGAGUUUCUGGAAGCCGUGAGGAUAUUCUUUGGGGAGAACGUUUACGAUGUGAAGCACAUGAUGAGGUUCUGCGACACGCUCUAUGGCGGCUUGGACCGCGUUGCACGGACGCUUAACGUGGACCGCGCCGUGGGGAAGUGCCACCAGGCCGGGUCAGACAGCUUGCUGACGUGGCACGCCUUUCAGAAGAUUGUUGACACUUAUUUUGUUAAGGAUGAGCACCAGAAACAUGCUGGUGUGUUGUAUGGAUUAGAGGUUUUCUGUUAAUUAUAAAAUCAUUAUAAAGCUUUAAAAUAAUGAUAAUUCAUUUCAUUCGUUGGUUAAUCUUGUUUUGUUCUA